AUGAAGGAAGACACCUCAGGUAGUCGAGAUACAACUAAGUAUUGUGAGUUCCAUAGAGAUGCAGGGCAUGAGACCGAAGCUUGCUGGCAGUUGAAGAAAGAGAUUGAGUGCCUUAAGCAAAAAGGCAAGCUGAAGGAGUUUGUUGGGCAAACCCAAGAAGUAACAAUCAAGAGGGAUAAGCAAUCGAAGGAAUGCCACACCUUAGGCACAAUUCACACCAUCUUCAAGGGCUUGUCAGGCAAGAAUAACAACUCAGGUCAGAAAAGGAGAGCUAGGGACAUCUACUCAAUCCUACCCCAACGGAAGCCCGGGACAAGACCACCCAUUUCAUUCUCAGAGGCAGAUGGUGAGCAUGUGCAUACUCUACAUAAUGAUGCUCUAGUAAUUGAGGGGAUAUUGGAAAAUUUCCUGGCAAAGAGAAUUUUGAUAGAUGAAGGGAAGCCUGUACAAGUGCCAGGGUCUAUAGAUUUAACUCUUGAGCUCGGAACUGAAGGAACAUCAAGAAAACUUAAAGCAAAAUUCAUGGUAGCAGACAUCCACUUCCCAUAUAAUUCUUUGUAG